AGAUUCUCAUUUGAAUGGAAGUUGGUGGCAUGUGCGCGGGGGGAAAUGAAAGUGUUCAAGAGGGAUGAAAAAUCAACCCGUCACUAGAUUUCGACCAGAUUCCCAAAAGCCGCCAAUUAUGAGUGGCGCUGCUGCUUCUCUCAAAUCCUCCGCCUCUGAAUUGGACUUGGAUCGCCCCAAUAUUGAAGAUUACUUGCCUUCUGGAUCCUCCAUCCAAGAACCAACUGGCAAGCUCCGCCUGCGCGAUUUGCUUGAUAUUUCGCCUACCCUUACCGAGGCUGCUGGUGCUAUUGUUGAUGAUUCGUUCACUCGGUGCUUCAAAUCAAACCCACCGGAACCAUGGAAUUGGAAUAUUUAUCUGUUCCCUCUGUGGUGCUGUGGAGUCGUGGUUCGGUAUCUGAUUCUCUUCCCGGCGAGGGUUCUCAUAUUGACAAUAGGAUGGAUAAUUUUCCUUUCAACAUUCAUUCCAGUGAAUCUUCUAUUGAAAGGCCAUGAUAAGCUGAGAACUAAGUUAGAGAGGUCUUUGGUGGAGUUGAUUUGCAGCUUCUUUGUUGCAUCUUGGACUGGAGUUGUCAAGUAUCAUGGGCCACGACCUAGCAUGAGACCAAAGCAGGUUUUUGUGGCCAACCAUACUUCCAUGAUCGAUUUCAUAAUCUUGGAGCAAAUGACUGCCUUUGCUGUUAUUAUGCAAAAACAUCCUGGUUGGGUCGGACUAUUGCAAAGCACUAUAUUGGAGAGUAUUGGAUGUAUAUGGUUCAACCGUACCGAGUUGAAGGACCGUGAAGUUGUAGCAAAGAAGUUAAACGAUCACGUUCAAGGGGCUGACAACAAUCCUCUUCUUAUAUUUCCUGAAGGAACUUGUGUAAAUAACCACUACUCUGUUAUGUUCAAGAAGGGUGCAUUUGAACUUGGCUGCUCUGUUUGCCCAGUUGCUAUCAAAUACAACAAAAUUUUCGUAGAUGCUUUUUGGAACAGCAGGAAGCAGUCGUUCACCAUGCAUCUGCUGCAGCUUAUGACCUCUUGGGCUGUUGUUUGUGAUGUUUGGUACCUGGAGCCCCAAGUUUUGAAGCCUGGAGAAACACCCAUCGAGUUUGCAGAGAGGAUCAGGGACAUAAUUUGCGCUCGAGCAGGUCUGAAGAAGGUCCCAUGGGAUGGAUAUUUGAAGCACUCUCGCCCGAGCCCGAAAUACCGAGAACGAAAGCAACAAAGCUUCGCCGAGUCGGUGCUACAGCUAUUGGACGAUAAAUAAAGUAUCUCUAACAGGUUCCUGCCCUGAACCAUUUCAUUUGAAUAAUCGUCGACGACGCGCUCGAGGUGAGUCGAUAUCUUCUUUCAGUAGUUACAAGCCGGACGUAGUUUCGUUAAGCAAAGCUUCAAUAGUUGCAGAAAACCUUCAUUAAGAGUGUUAUCUUGUGUGUACCUCAUUGUUCUGUAAUGAGCUUCCUGGUUUUGCUCUGCAAGAGCCUAAAUUUUGCUGUUAAAUGCUUGAAACUCUUUAAAUUUGUGGUU